CAGCUGCUUUUGGCACCGUAACAAUGUAGGAACCGUCUCAAAAAAGUCUAUACAUCUCAAAACGUAAAAAGGACCACAAACACACUUACCGAGGACAAAAUAAAACAGAACUACUUUGACCAAAUAUACUGCAGUUUAACGCAAGCUUAGGUGACUAUCAAUCAUAUUGUACCUAGCUUACCAUGAUAGUUUUAAACGUUUUUAAAUCGGCUCUGGCAUUUGCAGACUCCCCCCGAGGUCGUUGUUGCGGAAGUGAAAAGUCUACGUGGGGAAGAAAGGCAAAUGGACGCGUGGAGCAGCGGCACCCGGGGCGUAUAAAUGGGACGGAGAGACGACGACAAGCUGUAAUGCUGCGCCGUGUGCGGCAGUCUCUUCGGCAGGUGCUGUUUCUGAUGGCCCGAAGACCGGUUCUACUCUGCGGGGCUAUCGUGCUCAGCGUCCUGUUCAUACUAGCCGUCAAGUUCACAUGCAGCCGUGCUAAGGACGUGGUGGUAGCAGCUCAGCCUCCGGUGCGCUUCUUCUCCACCGAGGCCCCGAUAGUAGACCUCUACUUGGGUCAGCUAGACCAGGUGGAGCGUCUCAGGAGCGUGGCCGAGGUAUCUCUCGUGUUCUUCUAUGCACCGUGGUGUGCUCACUCCAUGGCUGCCCGACAGGAAGUGCAGCAGGUUGCUAAGAAGCUGGCUAAACAGGUGCAGUUUGUUGCCAUUAACUGCUGGUGGAGUCAGGGGAAGUGCAGGAGGCAGAACCACAUCUAUCAGUACCCCAUCAUCCAUCUGUUUUACAGAAGGUUUGGGCCUAUAAAUUACAAGGGCCCGUUUGUGGCUCCGUAUGUGGAAAGUUUCAUCCUCAGAGUCAUCACCCCGCUCACUUACCUCCCGUCGAGAGCCACACUUAAAGAGUUCCUCUCCUAUCACGAGCCUCGAGUGGUGGGUUUCUUCCAGUUUAACUCCUCUCCUCAACCACCAGGGUACAUUACAUAUCUGUCCUCUGCCCUGCAGGCCCUCAAAAGAGAUUUCCGUGGUGGUGUACGUUUCGGGGUCGUGACCAACAAACAGGUGGCGGAAGCCAUCUCAGUAAGAGAAGAUGAAACUGUUUACCUACACAGAAGAUUUAACUCCUCUUUGAUUUUCCCUCGAAGAGAACGCAACUUCACAUCAGAGGUCAUCUGUAGCUGGGUGUUCGAACACUAUGAGACGGUCCUCCAGUGGCUGCAGCCCCCAGGAACAAAGUCUCGCCUCCUGGAACGGGAGCUGAAUAAAGGUCCCGCACUGCUGCUAUUCCUGCCACACAAUCCACUAGGAUCCAAGCCCAGUCCCUUACUGCAACAGGUUGCUGACGUUGCUGUGCGUUACCAUUCCUGUAACGGUAAUAACCACUCCACCUUGGACAAAAGCUUCACCUCCCACUCAUUGUGCUGCCAGUCGGUUCUUCUCCCAGAAUCAAGCACUAGUGUGUGCGAGGUGUGCCUCAGCUGGUCAGGACCGAGCCUGACCAGCUCCUCUGUACGCUGCUCUUUCCCCUCCACAGCUCAGGGAGGAGACGUGUUGCAUUCUUAUCUCAGACACUGCUGCCUCCACCAACUACCUGCCCCCGUGGCCAUAGAAACUGCAACCUCAGUGGGCUGUAGUAACCUCCUGAACAGCUACAGCCCAUUUAGCCAAUACAGUGCCUGCUGCAGAAAAGUUGAACCUCAGCUCAAUAAAUUGCCAGCCAAAGAGGGGCUAGACAUGCAAAGAGUUCCCCUUACGCCUUCUCCUUCAUCCAUCCCUCCAUCUUCUGACGCUCAGCAGGGAGGAGAUGGCAUCACAGGGCUCCGGUGUCAGACCAACAGGACGCUCAGGUUUUAUGUGCUAGAUGUUGCUCUGAACUGGCCUCUGGCAGUGAGGCUCGGAGCAACAGGCAACAGAAGUGCUUCUUCUCAGCAGGAGGCUGGUGCACAAAGUGCUCAAAGUGGCGACGGCACGUUUGCAGCUAUUGUGAACCUAAAGGAUGAGGUUCAUUAUGUUCUCCACCGCAGCCCAGCAACCACCCUGACAGAGUCUCUGGAGGCCUUCAUCAGGAACUUCAGCGCUCCAUACAGCCUUUUGCAGAGACACUUGGUGGGGGAGGAGGACGUGAAGGGAGGUGAGGAGGAAGCCAGACGUCCAGACGAACAUCAGCAGCCGCCUCCACGCCGCUUCAUCACAGAACUGACCACUUCGUCUUUCUUGCCCUCCGUCAUGGAGCUUCAAAAGGAUGUGCUGCUGUUUUACUACACUCAGUGGUGUGGAUUCUGCUCUGUACUGAACCACGUCAUCAUCCAGCUGGCCAGAUUAUUACAGGGGAACAGCACCAUCACUGUGGCCAGGGUGAAUGUUGCACGUAAUGACCUUCCCUGGGAGUUCAUGGUCGACCACGUUCCCUCUAUUCUUCUCUUUCCCAGAUACAGAAAACAUCUCAGUGUGAAGUUCCCUGAUGACCUGCCCAUUACGUUACCCAACCUCCUUCGCUUCAUCCUGCAGCACUCCAGCUCUGUCCAUUAUGCAGACAAGGCAGUGACGUCUUCUGCAGAGGGUUCAGGACCCAGCGCUGUCCUCCGUGCAGAGUUUUUGGCACUCCAGCAUGAGGUUCAAGUGCUGCAUCGUGCACGCGAACGCCUCUCCCAACAGCUGGCACAGCUGUGGCGUGACAAUCGAAGACUGACAUUUGAUGCUCGCAGCUUAGAAGCCCAGAACGCGGAGCUGCUGCAAGAGAGGCAGAGCUUAGAGGAGCAGCACCGGGACAAAAGCCGGCAGCUCGAGGACGCAGUGAAACGGCUGCAGGAGCUGGCAGACGCCUCCGAAAACCUUCUGAUGCUGCUGAGGUUCUUGCUGAAAGCACGGAAGGAUAGGACGGAGGCUAGAGAGAGAGAGGAGGUGGAGAGAAAAGAGGCAGAACAGAAAAGAAGCCAUAUGGCCUCCUGA